AAAAAGGCGGAGCUUCGGGAGGUGACGUCGCCAUGCGUAUGUACACCUGCCACACCUGUCCUGCUAACUUCUUCACGCUUCCGCUAGUGACGACCGAUAAAAACACAGAAAAGUUGGCACUUCUUCCACCCGUAUUGGACUAACUCCGGCGUGUGUGAACUGAAGUUGGGAACAUUAAAUGAUACUAUUGAGUAUGUGAAGGACUCAUUUCUGACUGCCUUAAAGCUCCAUAUUCAUAGACAAUUUUGCAUCUUUACUCUUAACUCCUCGAAGAGGACUAAAACAUGUCGUGCCAAGUGCCUGGUGAGGAGGAGCUGGUCGCGCUCUUGCCGUUCGGCCCGAUUGCACAAGGUCAGCCGACGGGAAGUAAAAAGACUGCAGAAGAAGAAUUAAAGGAGCAAAAACCUGAAGAAGUCGUAAAGAUGGAGGAAGAGGUUCCAGGAGCCGGCGACGUCACCCUCCCUUGGCCUGGAGACCGGGACAAGAGGAAUGAGGACACGGACGGCGUCUCUUUGGGGUUUUGCGUGUCCGACGACAAGGACGACGACGGGCUGAGCAAAGCCAAGUGGCGCGAGAGCAUGCCCGAGGGCGACAAGUGGAGGGACGACCUACCGGCGGUGCAGAGGGACAGCAAAGGAGAUGGCUCACUGGCCGACGACAAAGAAGAAAAUGAGGAAGAAGAGGUGUCCCACUGGGUCUCUGAGAAAGGCGCCAUGGGUUUUACUCCUCAAGUCCAAGUAAUUCGCCGGCAGUCCAGCGAGGUUGCGCCCCAAGAGAGCAGACUGGACACGGGCAUGGACGACUGCCACGAACACGACGAGGAAAAUGCGAGGAGGUCGCAUACGCCUUUAGAUGACUGCCACAAAUUUCAGCAGAAUGACUACGUGUGCAGCGAGAAGCUGAAACUUGCCUUGUGGACGGCGUCGGCGGCGCUGGUGUUCCCCUUCCUGGUGUGGGGGGGAUACGCACUCCUGCCCUUUGACUCCCCGCUGAUGGGCAGUGACCCCCACAGGGUGGUCUACACACUACGUUGCGCCGUCUUUGCCUCUGUGCCCGUGCUGCUGGGCGUGGUGGUGCACGGUGUGGCCAGGAUUCGCUAUGGCGAGAUGAAACCGAGCUUCCAGAGCAAAUUGCCGAGCAGGAAGGUGUCAGUGCACAGACAUUACGUUAGCCAAUCAGUGGGGCUCUUCCUCUUCUACUUCCUGCAGCUGAGUGUCUUGGCGUCCUACGUCAGCCACGACCUCAUCAAAAUAGUGCCGCUGCUCACCGUCAUCUUUGUCUUUGGAAGGUUGAUCUACUGGCUCUGCUUGUCGCUGGGCAGCAGCAUCCGAGGCUUGGGCUUCGGUUUGUCCUUUUUCCCCAUGUUGGUCAUGCUGGCCGCCAACCUCUACUUCGUGUCCUCCUCAACGGGAACCGAGGCCGUCUUUGACGUGCAGCCGCCCACCACGGCCCCCCCGCCUCAGCGGCGCUGGUGGGGCUGAACGCCACGGCGGGCGUCGGGACACUAACGAAGCAAUCUUUGACCGACGCCUUCAUUUCCCGCAACUGGCUUCCAAGUGGAAUGAACUUUCCAUUAAUUCUCAAUGACAACUUGUCCUGCUGCCUAAGCCUUUCAUUCAAAACUCAAAAUGAUCCCCCGCAAAGUCCGACAAAUAGUUUGAAAAAAAGUGUGCAGCUUUUUUAUAUGAGGUUAAAUAUUUCAGAUUGAUGAAUGUUCUGCCGAUCACUUAUUUAGAAGCGGCCGAUUUGUGUUGAAAGUUGAAACAAAUUGAAUUGAUUCCAGGCCGAUCGACGCAUGCGGGGACCUGAAACGUGUUCAAUAAAACUCGGCGAAAAGGCGAGCACACGGUUGAACUUCACUCCGUUUGUCAUUUAAUAUAUAAAAUACAGUAAAACAUACGCAAAAAGGAGAAGGUUUCAAGGAACUUGGAUACUUUGGUACAACAAACACUUUCUGUAAAAGCGGUAUAGAAUUUCAAUAACAUCAGUGCAUACUUUUGUAUAUGAAAAUAUACACAAACUGUAUAUCGUUCAAGAAAAACAAAACGGCGAAACAUCUUUACAUCAAAACCCAUAGCAGACUAGCUCAACACAAUAUAUUAGCUAUAAAUUUCAUCUUUAGUCUUUUAUUUGCUACAUCAUUCUGACUGCUUGUGACAUAACGGUUACCUGCGUCCCAUGCGUCUAAACACGUUUCAAAUUCCACCAAUUUUUCUUUAUAAAUAUAUUCUAUAUCUGGAUGAAAACUGCAGCAUUUAACUGGUAUGUUCCUUUUAUUGCAUUUGUCUAAUACCGCAUUGUCCGAUCUUGCAAGUUACUUUGAACAAAAAGGAAACCAGUUUUGGAUGUUGGUGAUACGAUGACAAAGAGUUGAAAAAUUCCGAGCGUCGCAAAACAAAAAGGCUCCGUCAUCGUUGGGCGCCGCACUGAAAACAUAACGUACACGACAUGGAACGGGUCCAAAUGUCAUCGGCAGAUUGUCAUUUGACCACACGGGGCAGGGCGGGAUGGAGCCAAUUGGAUUGGUGUCACUUUGCAGUUAGCCAUUGCUAACCCAUCUUCAUGUUUUGGCUUUUCUAAUAAAAAGCAUGUACAAUAUGGCCACAUUUUUACACUCUAAAUGUAAAGACACACACCGUGUAUAGUUUCUCACUGUGAUUCAAUACAUAUUUUUUUCAUCUGGAAAAAAACUAAAAAAAAAAGUUUAAUUCGACAGUAACAUUUUUGUCGUACUUUCGCUUGUCAAUGAAACUCGUGCAUGAUCAUAUUUUGACGGAUUUCUAAUUCCGUAAAAACUAUUGAGAAAAAUGCUAAUACAUGUUUUUUAUUGGGAAAAUGUUUUUCUGAACUGAUUUUUUUAGUUUCACUUCAAAGUCAAAAUCUUAUUGAGUUUUUUCCCCCGAUCGCACCAUGCAAAGAUUAAAACAAAAAUCUGCCAUGAAAUAUUUUUGGAGAACAAUGUUUUUUUGUGAAAAGCAUGUCUCUUAAUUCUUGUGAUAACAUUGGAAAUCAGUCACAGUCCAACGUCAACGAUGCAUCUCACAAUUUGGUCAUGUUGAGAUGCAUGACAAAACUCAACUUUUCUUCAGUAGCAAAAAGUGCGUCAUCUGAGGCAUUGGUACAUUUUUGGCAUGCUUUUUUGUGUGUGUAAAAUCGACCUUUAGCUCUGAAAGCUGGUCCUGUUCAUCAUGGCGACUUUGUGAUUGUCCAAUCAAACCUCUGCACAUAACACCGAGGUGAUUUAACUAGCUAACUAACUGUCCUGGGGCUCCAAGUUAGUCUCUGCUGUGAUGCGUUUUUUUUUUUUAAUUUGGAUGAGGAUUCUUGCGUGGUAUUGAUUUUUAAAGAAAGCGUGUUUUAUAAUGGAUUAUGUUGUAAUGCAGUAACAGUCUUACAGAACUUAGCAUUUUAAAGCUCUGCUUUAAACUUUUUUUUUUUUUUAAAUCAACUUCAAUCAACACAACUAAGUGCUGCCAGUUUACGCAUGGACUUAACAGUCAAGUGACCGCAGACAAGUAGACGUGAUUACGGGGGCAGGGGGGGUUAUUAGGAGCUUCGGUGUGUACGGUUGGAGUAGACAUCAUCUCUUCUAUUUGAACUAGAUAAUUUGUGCACACACAUUCCCACACUGAGAUAAUGGCGACGAAACAAAGUCCGAUUAAAAAUGACAUCAAACAA